UUGGCAGACAUGGCUUUUUACAGAAAGAAAACAAUAGAAAUGUUCAAAAGGGUUUAGGUAAUCCUUAUGUAGCUUGUUUAACCCUUACUCUUUGCAACAGCUACUUUCCUCUGUUCUUUAACAUGAACUAUCCAUGAGUUCUUUAAAAUCAUCAAUACUGAACUGCAUUAAAGUAGUAUCAUAGCUAACUGCAUUAUAUCAUGACAUCAGAGGUCCCAAAACCAGAACAUUUGAAUGUGGAAUGCUAAUCCCAGUUCCAUGAAGGUGUUCUUUUUUUCGAUAGUAGAGUACAAGAAUGCAUUUAAAAGAUGCACAAAUUACAUCAUAAUAAAUAUUCUAAAGCAGCUCCUGGGAAACAGAACCAAACAAAACACAAAAUCCACAAAGUUUACAGCUGAAAUUCACUUCACUACAAAACUGCACUGAUAUAGAGCUUACAUGUGACAAUGCCUUAUAAACGAAAAUUCCCAAGGCCUAAUACACAGAAACCUAAAUUUAAGAUUCCUCGUUGGAUUCUCAAACUGAAAGAAACUCUGAAUGUUGAGGAAGAGGAGGAAACGCCUGUUCCUAAGACCCGUCCAUUCAUUGAGACCCCUUGGCCGAAGAACUAUCGCAUCCUCAAACUUCCCAAGGCCACCGGUACUGUGGAUGCUGCUCCCUCCUCCUCUUCUUCCUCCAGAAGGAGAAGCAGAGAGAGAGACUGGAAGCACAGCAGCCAAGCCAGCCCGGCCUCCCUCUCCUCCCAGAAGCAGGCCGGCCGUGGACGCUCCAGGGAGAGGUGCAGUAAGACCCACAGGAGCCGCCUAGAGCCCAGCCACUAUGACCGGCACAGGGGGAGAGAGGAGAGGAGCUCUGGUGCUUCCAGAGAGGAGACGUCCAGGGAGAACCUCCACCAGGGUCACCACUGCCAGUCCAGCUCCCACAAGAGGCCCCUGGAGGACCCUCCAGCCAACCCUGACUCCAAGAAGAUCAGACACGAGGACCAUCCUCAGCAAUCCAGUGAGCACCUCCAACAGGGACAAGACUCUCAGUCCAGCUCCCACAAGAGGCCUCGGGAAGAUGGGGACAGUCUUCAGACCCACCCUGAGCCUAAGAAGAUCAGGCAGGAGGUCAGCACUUGAAAAGCAAACUUCUUGGACCAGAGACUUUCUCUUAUGAGCAUAUUUUUGUAGUUUUAUAUAAAUACAUUAGUUAUGUUAGUGAUUUUGUGAAGUUAAGUUGUUUAAUUGAAUGAUUUUAGUUUGUGAUAAGUAUAGUAAUAAGUUAAUUACAAUUCUGAAUGUUUUUAUUAAU